AUGCCGGACAGCUGGGACAAGGACGUUUACCCCGAACCCCCGCGCCGCACGCCGGCGCCGUCGCCGCAGGCCUCGGUGCUCAACCCCAUCCCCUACCUGUCAAAGGCCUUCGACCUCCUCGUGGACCGGCCUGUGACCCUGGUGAGAGACUUCAUUGACCGGCAGCACGCCAAGAACAGAUACUACUACUACCAUCGGCAGUACCGCCGCGUGCCUGACAUCACUGAGUGUGAGGAGAAGGAUGUCCUGUGCAUGUUCGAAGCUGAGAUGCAGUGGCAGAGGGACUACAAAGUGGACCAGGAGAUUGUCAACAUCAUCCAGGAGAGGAUGAAGGCCUGCCAGCAGAGGGAGGGAGAGAGCUACAAGCAGAACUGCACAAAGGAGGUGGAGCAGUUCGCCCAGGUGGCCAAGGCCUACCAGGACCGCUAUCAUGACCUGGGAGCCCAUUACUCGGCCAGGAAGUGCCUAGCCAAGCAGAAGCAGAGGAUGUUGGAGGAGAGGAGGGCAGCCAAGGAGGCAGCUGCUGCUUGA